AUGAAGCAGAUGACAUUUGAAGCCCAAGCCUUUUUAGAAGCUGUGCAAUUCUUCCGACAGGAGAAGGGUCACUAUGGUUCCUGGGAAAUGAUCACUGGGGAUGAAAUCCAGAUCCUGAGUAACCUGGUGAUGGAGGAGCUCCUGCCCACUCUUCAGACAGACCUGCUGCCUAAGAUGAAGGGGAAGAAGAAUGACAGAAAGAGGACGUGGCUUGGUCUCCUCGAGGAGGCCUACACCCUGGUUCAGAAUCAAGUUUCGGAAGGAUUAAGUGCCUUGAAGGAGGAAUGCAGAGCUCUGACAAAGGGCCUGGAAGGAACGAUCCGUUCCGACAUGGAUCAGAUUGUGAACUCAAAGAACUAUUUAAUUGGAAAGAUCAAAGCGAUGGUGGCCCAGCCGGCGGAGAAAAGCUGUGUGGAGAGUGUGCAGCCAUUCCUGGCGUCCAUCCUGGAGGAGCUCAUGGGACCAGUGAGCUCGGGAUUCAGUGAAGUACGUGCACUCUUUGAGAAAGAGGUGGAUGAACUCAGCCAGAACUUCCAGAACACCAAAGACAGUGUCCAGCUGAAGGAGCAUCUAGACCGGCUUAUGAAUCUUCCGCUGCAUUCCGUGAAGAUGGAACCUUGUUAUACUAAAGUCAACCUGCUUCACGAGCGCCUGCAGGAUCUCAAGAGCCGCUUCAGAUUCCCCCACGUCGAUCUGGUGGUUCAGAGGACACAGAACUACAUGCAGGAGCUAAUGGAGAAUGCAGUGUUCACUUUUGAGCAGUUGCUUUCCCCACAUCUCCAAGGAGAGGCCUCCAAAACUGCAGUUGCUAUUGAGAAGGUUAAGCUCCGAGUCUUAAAGCAAUACGAUUAUGACAGCAGCACCAUCCGAAAGAAGAUAUUUCAAGAGGCACUAGUUCAAAUCACACUUCCCACCGUGCAGAAGGCACUGGCGUCCACAUGCAAACCAGAGCUUCAGAAAUAUGAGCAGUUCAUCUUUGCAGAUCAUACCAAUAUGAUUCACGUUGAAAAUGUCUAUGAGGAGAUUUUACAUCAGAUCCUGCUUGAUGAAACUCUGAAAGUGAUAAAGGAAGCCGCUAUCCUGAAGAAACACAACUUAUUUGAAGAUAACAUGGCCUUGCCCAGUGAAAGUGUGUCCAGCUUAACAGAUCUAAAGCCCCUCACAGGGUCAAACCAGGCCAGCCCUGCCAGGAGAGCUUCUGCCAUUCUGCCAGGAGUUCCGGGUAGUGAGACCCUCAGUAACGAAGUAUUCCAGGAGUCGGAGGAAGAGAAGCAGCCUGAGGUCCCUAGCUCAUUGGCCAAAGGAGAAAGCCUUUCUCUCCCUGGGCCAAGCCUACCCCCGGGUGGGACUGAGCAGGUUAUUAUUUCAAGAGUGGAUGACCUCGUGGUGAGUCCUGUGGCGGCAGAGGACACAGCAGGACUCCCGGGCACACGUUCGUCAGAGCUGGAGCUUGGAGGGCCCCUUGAGGGUGAAGAACCCGCCCAGGAAGAGCCAGAACCCAUCACUGCCUCAGGUUCUUUGAAGGAGCUCAGAAAGUUGCUGACAGCGUCUGUGGAAGUAUCAGUGGACUCUGCUCCAGCGAUAGAAGAAGAUACAAACGGGGAGAGUCACAUUCCCCAAGAAAAUGAAGAAGAAGAAGAAAAAGAGCCCAGUCAGGCAGCUGCCACCCAUCUGGACAACUGUGAAGAAAGUGAAGUCAGUGAGAGGGAGGCCCAGCCUCCCUGUCCCGAGGCCCGUGGGGAGGAGUUGGGGGGAUUUCCAGAGGUAGGCAGCCCAGCCUCUCCACAAGCCAGUGGAGGC